GGUAAGAGCUGCAUCGCUUUCGACAAUUAGGCCAACAACUUUAUAAGGGUCAAAAGGUUAAGGGUUUAGAUUUAAUAAAAGUUUGUGAAACUUUCAUUAUGAAAAUUAUGAAAAGAUAAUAAUGCUCGCUCUGAAUGACCGCAUUUUUGUCUUUCUAGUUGAAGGUGUGCAUGAAAUUAGCACAGCUGAGUCACUGCAAUUUGAUUUCAACACUAUCAGAGCGGCAACGGAUAACUUCUCUGAUUCCAAGAAGCUUGGACAAGGCGGUUUUGGAGCAGUCUACAUGGGUCAGCUCUCCAAUGGACAGGAAAUUGCGGUGAAACGGCUAUCGCAAAAUUCCAGCCAAGGGGAAGUAGAGUUCAAGAAUGAGGUCAUGUUACUAGCCAGGCUACAACAUAGGAACUUAGUUAGGCUCCUAGGUUUCUGUCUGGAAGGAGUCGAACAACUUCUCAUUUAUGAGUUUGUGCCCAAUGCGAGCCUUGAUCAGUUCAUAUUCGAUCCCCUGAAGCGUGCGAAUCUCAAUUGGGAUAGGCGCCACAAUAUAAUAAUGGGUGUUGCUAGAGGGAUGCUUUACCUACACGAAGAGUCUCGGCUUCGUAUUAUCCAUCGAGACCUCAAAGCUAGCAACAUUUUGUUGGACUCAAACAUGAAUCCUAAGAUAUCGGAUUUUGGUAUGGCAAGACUAUUUGAGUUGGACCAAACUCGGGCCGAGACUAACCGAAUCGUGGGGACCUAUGGAUAUAUGGCGCCAGAAUAUGCAAUGCAUGGAACUUUCUCGAUCAAGUCAGAUGUGUUCAGUUUUGGAGUGUUGGUUUUGGAGAUUGUGAGUGGUCAAAAGAACACUCUUUUCGGCAUGGACGAUGACACAGAGGUCCUUAUAAGCUAUGUAUGGAAGAAUUGGAGGGAAGGAUCAAUAUCAAACAUCAUCGAUCCCUCCAUGACUUCUGGUUCGAGUACUGAAAUAGCGCGGUGCAUUCACAUUGGCCUACUAUGUGUCCAAGAAAAUGUGGUUAGCCGGCCAACGAUGACCUCGGUCCUUCUCAUGCUUAAUAGCCACUCUGUCACUCUCCAAGUGCCAUCAAGACCCGCAUUCUACAUGCACAACAACAUCGAAUCUGAUAUGCGGUCCACAGAGGAUUACUGUAUGAGGGUAUCUGAGGUCGAGGAAUCAAGAAGCAAAUCAAACCAGUUCUCAAAAAACGAGACCUCUAUGACCGAGCCUUUCCCACGGUAGCCUUAGAAAAUGGGAGAUUAGUGUGCCCUGCACAUUACUUUUUGUGUUUGUCAUGGUUUUUAGAUCAUCAAAUUACAUUCUCAUGACUUGAUUCUUCCUUAGAUUAUUUAGGAGUUAUAUGCCUUCAUUGGCUUGGGAUUACAUCCAGAUUCAUAGGAUGUUGGAAGUGAAGGAUAUUCACGAAAAGUCAUGCCUGGUACUAUUUGUGUUAAGACAAGAACAGCCAGAACAGCUUGCUCUCAUAGAAUUCGUGUUGGACUAGGUUAUUUUAGGCGUGAUUUUAGGUAAC